AUGGAGCAAAGUACUGAGGGAAUUGGGAUCAAAAUCUAUAGUGCAUCAAAACGUGCAAAUACAUCAGUAUACCCUACUAAUUUGCCACCAGACAACGAUGUUUCGAUCCCCGAAUUGCCUCAACCAGCAAUUGGUGGCAAGAAACGAAGAGCAAUGGCAAAUGGGGUUCAAAAAACACUCUCAAAAACAUCAUUGCUUGUCAAUUUUCUACAAACAGGAACACUUCUAACUUUUGAAAUGGUCCUUCCAUCAGUCUAUGGCAAAGGCGAUUGCUUAGAAAUAAAGCCAUUGGUUAUUCAAGCCACAGCUAAAGCUAAUUCUCGAACUGAGAGUGCUAAACUUCGAAAUAGACGAAUUAGAAAAAAA